UAACUCCAAAUUUGCUAGUUUUGAGUUAUAUGGUGUACAAGAUUGCCGAAUUGAUUCUGCAUCUUUUGGUAAAAGAGUCGUAAAUCUAGGUGAAUUAGCGGCCGAGAGAUGGCACUAAGAAGAUUUUUAGUGAACAUCAAAAUAUCUCUGAGGGUUGUGGCAACAGUGUCGUAGUCAGUGUUACUAUGGCAGUCGUUGAGGUAACAUCUCUCGAAUUUUGUUCAUGACUGUUGUAAGUAGGUUUUACGACUCUUUUACAACUAAAGUGAGAGCACACAAGUGGUGUUCUAUUUCUAGUUAAGGCUUUCUAGCAGUGAAAAAUAAUAAUUUCUUAAAGUGACUUGACGUGAUAAAUCAAAUUGUGUCUUUCUUGUACAAAAAUUUUAAUAGAAAAGUGUGUGGUAAAACAAAAUGUGACAAUAUUGAACAAAAAGUCCGAGAAAACACUUGAUUUAAUAUGACUUGCGUCUCUUUAACUACAAAACCACCAAAACCACCAAUUUAGUAACAAUGUCUUACAAUGAAUUGCAGCUGUGUUGCAGAAAAAUGUCUUAUCAAAAACGCAAUUGUCCUUGUUGUAACAUAACAAAUGUCAGUUUAGAUACAAAACAUUGCAGUCAUUUUCAAUUACUACAUUGCUUUUCAGAAUUUACUCAAUGACGUCAUGAUUAAUUAAUGAUGUCCCGUGGAUUGAAAUCUGUAAAACCGAAUGGAAAAGAAAAGCAAUGUGAACAAGAAGAUACAGCAGCUGGAAAUAAUGGAAUACAGGAUGGAAAUGAAGAAGUUAUGGGGGAAAAUGUAGAAUUAACUGCUAUAGAAGGAAGAGUGAAAAUCAACAAUGUGGAAAUGAGUACCAGUGAAUUAGUUAGCCCCAAAAAAACAAAGAAACGAAAACUGAAGCAGAGUGAGUGGAAACGGAAUAUGAAUAAAAAGAGGAGAAACAUGGGACUUGCUUAUGAAUCGGCUGCAAAGAAACAGAAAGAGGCGCGGAAAAUCAAACCACCUUGUAAAGAAACUUGCAGGAUGAAGUGCACCAGUAACAUAUCUCAUGAUCAAAGACAACACAUUUUUUAAUCAUACUGGAACCUAGGGGAUACUGACCUUCAAAGAGAAUACAUAGCAAAAUGUACAAAGGAAGUAAAGCCAAUUUACAGAUGCAUAAGGGAAAACAGACAGCGUGGACCAAGGGGAAACAACAUUUGGUAUUCCUUCCCAGUUGAUGGUACAUUAACAAGAGUCUGCAAAACAUUUUUCCUCAAUACUCUUGACAUAAAUGAUAGGGUUACUAGGACAGCAUUAACUAAACAUAAGAGAGCAGCAGGAUUGGUGUCUGAAGUAGAUAACAGAGGAAAACAUAAAAACCAUCCUACGCUUGAUCCACAAAUCAAAGAAGGAGUUAGAGCUCACAUAGAAGGAAUUCCUAGAAUCGAAAGUCACUACACCAGGGCACGGACAGCUAGGGAAUACAUUUGUGGGUCUCGAAGCCUGGCAGACAUUCAUAGGGAUUAUGUCCAAGAAUGUAAAGAUAAGAAGAAGCCCUAUGCAACUUACUCAAUGUUCUACAAUAUUUUUCAGAAUGAGUACAAUAUCGCUUUCUUUGCUCCUAAGAAAGAUCAGUGUGACUUGUGUGUGUUGUUCAAUAAUGCAGAUGGGGAAGCUAAGGAAAACUUAAAAGAAAAGUAUGACACACAUCAAUGUGAAAAGGUACUUUCAAGGGAAGAGAAGAAGCAAGAUAAAACUGAAGGAAAUGCUAUAGUUGCUGUGUAUGAUCUACAAGCCGUACUGCAACUUCCACAAGGUGAUGUAUCCACCUUCUAUUACAAAUCAAAAUUCAAUGUCCUAAAUUUCACAAUUUAUGAUAUCAAGACUAAUGAAUGUGACUGUUUUCUUUGGGAUGAAACAAAUGGUAAUAGAGGAGUGAAUGAAAUAGGCUCUUGCAUCCUAAGUUAUAUUAAAGAAUUAUGUGAUAAGAAUCAAGGAGAAGACAACAUUGAAAUAAUUUUCUAUUCUGAUAACUGUGCUGGGCAACAAAAAAACAAAUUUAUGCUCGCAUUGUAUUUGUAUGUUGUCACUAAUUUGCCUGUUAAGUCAAUCACCCAUAAAUAUCUGAUAAAAGGCCACACACAGAAUGAAGGCGACUCUGCGCAUUCUCUGAUUGAAAAACAAAUAAGGAGACUGAAGAAAGGGGGACCAAUAUUCGUUCCUGAAACCCUUGUCACUGCGAUUCGCUCUGCAAAGAAAACAGGCCAGCCGUUCCAAGUUCGCGUAAUGCAGUAUGAUGACUUUAAAAAUGUGAAGUCUCUUACUACACAAAUGGGAGCAAUCAAUGUCAAAGAUUUAAGAUUAAGUGAAAUCAAAGUCAUGAAGUUUGAAAAGCAAUGUCCAGCCUCAGUCUUAGUGAAAUAUUCAUACAGUGAUGAAUUCAAACGUGUUCAAUUGAUCAGAAAACCAAAGGUUGCCACAGAUCUCUUGCAGUGUUACUCAGAGAAAAUUCCCCUAAGCGAAAAUAAGAAAAAAGAUCUUAAAGAACUCUGUGAAAAAGGCUUAAUCCCACGUCCCUAUUCGGACUUUUUUAACAACAUUACCUAAUUUUGAUGCUUAAUUGGUCACAAAGAUGUAAUACUUGUCAUUCAUUUUUUUUUUUAUAACUGAGUUACGGCCAAGGGUAACAAAAAUUUAAAGGAAAUACUUGCUUCAUGUAUUUUAAACCUAUCUAUUUGAAAGAUUUCAUUAAUUUGAAGGAAAUUGUUUGCUUUAUGUGGCUGAACCAAUUGAUUUGAAAGAAAAAAAACUUUUUUUUUUUAACUUUUUUUUUCUUGGUAUGCAUUUUGUUGGAAGAAUAACAACAGAAUAUAAUGGUAUAAUUUAUUUCUGAAUAGGUACACAGCAUUUAUGAUUUAUUUCAAUUUGUUUUGUUACUGAAUGGAUAAAUACUGUUCUUUUUGUAAGGAAUAUUUAGUUUUAUAAUAAACUGGAAUCAUACAUUUGUAGUAUUUUUUGUGUCAAAAAAGACCUAAAAUAAGUUACAACACCUAAAAUUUUAAAUUUUCAUUGAUAAAGCGUCGUAAGUCAGAAAAUAAAAAUAAAAAUCCCUAUAAAAUGCAUCUAAAGGAACAAAGUGUUCUUUUGUUUAGUUAAUACUAAUGAGGAGCCAUAUUCACCUAAUAAAGAUGGUAAGUUUUGUUGUUUUGUGAAACAUGAUCAAAUUCAUAGGACUUAGCAACUUUCAAAUGCGUCUCCUGAAAAAUCAGGAAUUUGGAGUUACGACCCUCUUGCAAUGAGGUAGCG